AAGGCAGCAGGAUYCCUCCCUUCCUUCUCCUGCUGCCACUUUGGACUCGGAAGGGGAACCCUGGCAGAGCAUGGGGGCCRUCUUCAGACACAGGUUUACCUGACGCUGGGUGCAGCACCAGAUCCUGGGCGGGGCUUCCUGAUUGUCCACAGAGAUGGAGGAGUGUGUAGAUCCGCUGGACAGAGACCACUCCCUGUGUGUGGUUCUCCCCGAGGGGUUGAAGAAGAACAUCACGGUGCAUGGAAGUAAGCCAGUGAUGGACGUCCUGGUGAUGCUCUGCGCCAGUUACCGCCUGAACCUUCCUGACUACACCGUCGAGUUCCUGUCGCCCAACAAGAACAACAUCAGCUUCAAGCCCAACUCUCCCAUCGGCUCGCUAGAAGCCGAGCAGAUCGUGCUGAAGCCCAAAGGAGCUGAGGAGAAACCAAAGAAGCUGUACGUACCCGAGGCCACUGUACGUCUCCUGAUAAACUACAACACGUCCCACAAGACGGUGCUGAGAGUGAAUCCCAGGCUUCCUCUGCAGCUGCUGCUGCCAGCCGUCUGUGACAAGUGUGAGUUCAACAUGGAGACCACCGUCCUGMUGAGGGACUCCCAGUCCAGAGAGCUGCUGGACCUCACCAAGAGCCUGAAUGACUAUGAGCUGAGGGAAGUGUUCGCUGAAGACACAGCAGCUAAAGACACCACAGAUCAUCAGCCUGAAACAGCUGUCACAUCCACUGAGGUCACCUCCCCUUCUCCACUACAAGACUUGCCAAGGAAGGAAAAGAAGCAAAAGAUCCGAUGCUUCUUCAGCUUUCUAAGGAGGAGGAGGAAACCUGAAUCUCAUGGGCCGGCGAGCACUCCCGUGUCUCCUGGGCUCAAACAAGUGGAGGUCUGUGUGAACGAGGCGACCGUUUCCUCCACGAACCCCACGCCUGCAGAAAUGCCCAAAAAGAGGCGAGCCCCACCUCCACCUCCGGGGACGUCACAGAGCGUUCCCACCAGUCUGAGCAGCUGCCAGAGGUCAGCGGAGGCUACUUUAAGGAGUACCAAAAGGAGGGCUCCAUCUCCUCCUCCUGGUGCACACACAGCAGAGGAGCAGAGCGCACACACUGACACUGGAGAGUCAGUGGAGGAGCUGAAGGAAACUGACGAGCCCCUCUCUGGUCCAGCACCGCCUCGUGUCCAGCAGGUCCCAGACUCCUUCAUGCCCUCUCUCCAGGGCAAAGAGCUGUCGGACGCCCGCGCCGCUCUGGCCCGGGUCCUGACCUCGUCCAUGUCCAGAGGGAAGCUGGUCACACGUCUGAGGAACUCAGCCGCCUUCUGUGUGUCCCUGUCCUCACCGUGUCCCGAAGAAGGACAGGUCUGCAGGGAGCACGAGUCCAUCCUGAGGUCUCACCUCCCUACUGAGGAGGACUGGGAGGAGCCGGUGCAGAGGAGGGGGCUGACCACCUUUAAAGUGGUCCCCACCAACAAAACGCCUCCCUGCGAUUCAGAGCUGAGACCUGGUCCUGAUGUGGGACAGCCCGACCCGGACCCCCUGCCUGAAGGGUCUCCCCAGGCUGAGAACCCUGAACCGGGGGCCGAGGGAGCUCAGCGCUCCCCUGGUGGAUCAGAGAGCAGGAGGAGGUCCGUCAGUCCUGAACCCUCAGCUCCUCGUUCUUGUGACGUCGAGGAUCAGAAGAGUUCCAACACCGCUGAGGAAGAGGAGGAGGAAGAGGCAGCGUCAGGCUGCAGUGAUGGAGGAAGCAGCACUUCAGAGGAUCAGAGAGAACUGGUCCACGGUCCGGCUGCAGACAUGGAGCUGUGUGGCUCCUGCACUGAUGAGGAGGAACCUGAGGAGGAAGAUGUCAGCUUCCCUCCUCCUCCUCCACCCGUCUUCUUUAACCAUCRUCUGGAGACAGAAGCUUCACCUUCUUCUCCUCCAGCCUCCCCACCAGCAGCUUCUGUUUCCAAUGAACCCGGCGACACCUUCAGGGCCGGGUCCGACCCGUCUCAGGGUGAGAUGAACCCAGGACCCUCCAGGUUCGCCCAGGCUGUAGCCACGGCUGUCCAGACGUCUCGCCUGCAGAGCUCUGGUAAAGGCUCGCAGCCUCAGGGGUCAGGGGGUCCACACGGCAGACUUCCAUCACCGCCCAGGUCCACCUAUCAGCACGGUGCCUGACCUGCUGAAGCAUUUGGAAGAGAAGCUUUGUGAACAGUCAGCGUCUUACCUGUUCCAGAUGACCUCAGCUUGGAGACGCACUGUUAAUUCUAACUGGAUCGAUGAGCAGACGGCUAGUCCGAGCCGCCUUUUAGAACAAAACUGCAAAAAUCCAAAUGGUCUCAGAGCUGUUGCUCUGUUUGACAUCACAGCCACGGGCGAUCGUGUAGUUGCCUCUCUGUGACUGUUAGCAAAAUAUCUGUUACAUGAACCCGUUAUUAACAGUGAUGUAAAGAGUUACAAACAUUUGCUUCACUUGUUUAUUAAAUAUUUUCAAGAUUUAAGGUAAUCCAAUUUGAUCUUCACCUCAUCAGGACUAGCCUUUAGCUCAUCAAUCUCAGCUGAUUAUUAUAUUUAUUGUGUUUUUAGUUUUGUAGAAGUUAAUUUUAUUUUAUAUUUACCUUUAUUUACACAAAUUAAAGCAACCAUUUGCAUAUCUGGACACCAAAGGUACGUAAUGUGUCGUUUAUUUAAAUUUAUUUAGAAAUGAGCUUCUUUAUGUGCCAAGACUGGAGCCUUUUUCUGUGUUUAAAUGAAAGAAACUUGAGCAYAAAAUAGGUUUAUUUAACGUGGAGCUGGACCUUUUUUUAUUUAGUUUUUAGUUUAGUUUUUAUCCAGCAGGUGGCAGAAGAGUUGUUUUCAAUAAAUAUCCACACUGUUUAACAUAUUUUAGAGCUUUGUGUUUUUGUUUAUGAAAAAGGAAAGAUUCUUGAAAAUCAACUUUUUAAGCAAUAUUUUAUAUUUUGAAAAUUUGGUGUCUUAAACCCACAUCCAGAUAUUUUCAGUGUUAUUAAAUGCACAGAGUGUUUUAUUUUGUAAAUUUUUCUUCAUUUCCAGCAACAAAUAAAUAAAUAAAAACUACGCUUGU